AUGUACUAUGAUCAGGAAGGAGGAAAAAAAUCCGAAUCGAUACGGGUGGAAGAGAAACCACAAGAAAGAGUGAGGAGGCAUUAAUCCACACAUGUUUCAAAGCGAUAGAUCAGCAUCGAGAGAAAAUCGAAGAGGAGCAGGACGAGCGACAGGAGGCGGCUUGUUGUAACGCAUGUUUCCAGGCGGCACACCCUCGCUCUCUCAAGGUGUGGGCCACUCGGCCGUGAGCCGUUUUUUGAAUCACCUUCAGCUCAAUCGCUAGUCAGGCAAAUUCACGCUUUCGAGAUGUUCAACUUCGGGAAAAAGAAACUUCGGAAAACUCUUCCUGAUUCCGUGUAAAAUCUUCACUCGAAGUGGUAGCUCUCAUUCUGAGGCUUCCACCUAGAGCACGGUCUUCGGGCUCCAGCACAACAUCCGCUACAUUCUGAGCUCGUCAAGGCGCAACUGGAUGGACUACGCGCAGAAGGACGAGGCGAAGGACCGUAAGACCAUGCUUUCAACUCUUUCGACUACACGUUUGGACUUCUAG